GGAAGUGAUAAAACAACCGCAUCCUGAAUUGCUACAAUCUCGAACAGAGAGAAAGACGAAGUAUAUCAGAAAGUACUAAAUAGUUCGCAUCGCGCAUAACAGUUGUGUAACACAAUUACUGCACGCCGAUGUAACAAAGCUAAAGUAACAAUAUAAUAAUACAAAUUAGAAGAUGCACAGUAAUAUAUAUGUGUGUGUGCGCGUAUAAAAAAGUAUACGUACAACAAGUGCGAUUCAACAUAAAUACGGUCUAUACAGGACAAAUAUCAUCAAGAAACAACAAGCAAAAUCUACUGAAAGUACCAUGACAACCAAGUUUACGAUUAAGCAUAAAGACUCUCUAGUCCUGAAGGAAAACAAAUCGCUUCAAGAGAAAAAGUGCCAGAGCUACAACCAGUUCAAUUUGAAGAAAUGCGAACAUUUAUCGUUUUCUUGGUUAAUCUUCAGCGUCUUUCUGAUCUAUUGGUUUGUUUUAUGUCCCCUAAUUUGGGCAAUAUGCGAUGUAUCGAAGUCGUAUUUGCUUUCAUAUUGGCCAGUUCUUUUCUGGACAGUUGCGCUUUUAAUUUGGAUCAUGAUCAUGUGUGCACUUGUAAUCUUUUGGAGGAGACGUUUGCAGGCUCGAGAAAAUUCCGAAAUCAACCUGAUAACUCCAAAAUAUGGUUCGGAUAACGUGGAAAAACGUUUAAGUGUUCCUCAGAUGUCUCCUGGAGAUGCAAAUUCUCUCGAAACAAAGAAGACUGAUAAUCUGUUGAGUCAAAAAGAAACAAACGAUUCUGCUAACUGUCGUAAAAAGGACUUACCACCUCUAAUGAUACAUAAACAAAUGUCCGGUGAAAAUAUUAACGAUAUAGGAACCGUGCAUGUUGAAAAGGACGAAAAUGAUCAGCUAGAUGUUACCAGUGAGAGGAAUUCAUUACAAGAACAUGUAAAGUCGGGGACCGUGUCGGAGAACGUAGCAAAAUCGCCGAAAGUCCCGCUGUCGCCGAGAGAAUUGUUCUUCAUCGAUCUAAUUCGUGAAGCGGAAAAAACCGAGAGUGCGAUAUCACUAGAGAAGAGUCACUUCUUCCCGAAAGGAACAACCCAGAGUGAUAGUGAAAGCGAGAAGGAAAUAAAGAAUAGCAUAGAUAUGACGAAUGAAAAGGACGUAGAUGUUGAAGAUAUGAAAAAUGAACAGGACGAUGAUAUAAAAAAUGAAUCGAAGUGUGAAUCGAACUAUUUCAUAGCAGAUAUAGAAAGCCCAGUUAACGAAAAAUCGGAGGUCUUCCUUCAAAUCGAUUCAAGCGUAGAGGAACAAUUGGAAAUAAACGCGGAAAACCCCGUUUUGAUAUUAUUACCUAAUAAAGAAAAUGUGUAGAUGACAUCCAUUUUGCGAGUUAAUUAGAUUACACUAAUAUGAAUGAAUAAUUAUGUUAAUUAAAAAAAGCGAGAAGUAUAACCAAAAUGGUAGACUUUCAAGAAGGAUAAUCUCUUAAGGAAGUACUGU